GGUCUCAAACAGAGAACGGAGAAGAGCAACGGUCGCUAGUCGAGAUCUGCUGCGUCACAGAAGAACCACACUAGAACCUGAACAGAAAAAAACACAACUCAAAAUCUGUCAGACCAUCGGAGAAGUGAACUCCAACAAACCUGAGAGAAAACGGAGCCUUUGUUUUCAGAAGCAGCAGGGAGCCGAACCGGAGGAAAGAUGAUGAGUUUUCUGCCAUACUUCUCCGCUGAGACCUGGACCCUCCUGGCCCUCCUCAUCACCCUCAUUGUAGUGAUCUAUGAUGGGAGGCAGCCUGUUCUGUGUACCAUGGACAAAAGCAUAAUCAAGACCGUCCUGAUUAAAGAGUGUUACAACAUCUUCAUCAACCGCAGGGACUUCCAUCUGAACGGUGAGAUGUUUGAUGCGUUGUCCGUUGCCGAGGACGAUACAUGGAGACGGAUCCGCAGUGUCCUCUCACCUUCCUUUACCUCUGGACGACUAAAAGAGAUGUUUGGUAUCAUGAAGCAGCACUCUGCUAACCUGCUGAACGGAAUGAAGAAGCAGGCAGAUAAAGACCAGACCAUCGAAGUGAAGGAGUUCUUUGGGCCCUACAGUAUGGACGUGGUCACCAGCACAGCCUUCAGUGUGGACAUUGACUCUCUGAACAACCCUUCAGACCCCUUCGUCUCCAACGUCAAGAAAAUGACCAAGUUUGACCUUUUAAACCCACUGUUCCUCCUAGUCUGUUUGUUUCCCUUCACUGGUCCUAUCUUGGAGAAGAUGAAGUUUUCUAUCUUCCCGACUGCGGUGACAGACUUCUUUUACACCUCGCUGAUUAAGAUUAAAUCUGGACGUGACACUGGGAUCUCAACCAGUCGGGUGGAUUUCUUACAAAUGAUGAUCGACUCUCAGAAAGGCAGCGACACAAAGACAGGAGGGGAACAGACUAAAGGACUGACUGAUCAUGAGAUCUUGUCUCAGGCCAUGAUCUUCAUCUUCGCUGGCUACGAGACCAGCAGCAGUACUAUGAGUUUCCUGGCCUAUAACCUGGCAACCAAUCCCCAUGUCAUGACCAAACUGCAGGAGGAGAUAGAUACUGUGUUCCCCAACAAGGCUCCAAUCCAGUACGAAGGUCUGAUGCAGAUGGACUAUUUGGACUGUGUGUUGAACGAGUCUCUGAGACUGUACCCCAUCUCCCCGCGACUGGAGAGGGUCGCCAAGAAGACGGUGGAGAUUAACGGCAUCAUCAUCCCCAAAGACUGCGUUGUCCUGGUUCCCACGUGGACCCUCCACCGUGACCCAGAGAUCUGGUCCGACCCUGAGGAGUUCAAACCAGAGAGGUUCAGUAAGGAGAACAAGGAGUCUAUUGAUCCGUACACGUACAUGCCAUUUGGGCCCAGGAACUGUAUCGGGAUGCGCUUCGCCCUGAUCAUGAUCAAACUGGCCAUGGUCGAGAUCCUCCAGAGUUUCACUUUCUCCGUCUGCGACGAGACCGAGAUCCCAUUGGAGCUGGACAAGCAGAUUCUGCUGAUUCCAAAACGACCAAUCAAAUUGAGGCUGGAGCCCCGUAGCAACACCUCUAGCAACACCACCACCACUCUGAACAGUCCAACGACAUGAACCAAAUGCAGGAGUACCCUACCCUGGAGUACCCUACCCUACUCUAAAGUACCCUACCCUGGAGUACUAUCGAUCGAUCACACCAUCCACCUAUAACUCUUUCUACUAGACCCUACCCUAGAACACAAACAGCACCCUACCCUACCCUAAAGUACCCUACCCUA